AUGGGCAAGAACAAGAAGAAGUCCGCAGAUCACAAGGAGCGUGUAGCGGCAAAGCAAUCCAAGAAGGCAGAUAAGAAAGAUAAAAGGCAAAAAACCAAGGGGCGAGAUGCAGGCAGUGAUGUUGAAGAUGCAGAUUUAGAUGCCAUUCUCGCACAAUACGCAGAGGAACAAGCCCGGUUUCUCAAGGUCACUGAGGUCGUUUCGGAGCCUCCGUCCGCUCGAUCAUCUGCCACUGUGCUCGCAUCGCCUUCAAACAGGAACGAGCUUUUGAUAUACGGUGGAGAAUAUUUUGAUGGAACGCUGGCCACUUUCUUCAACAACCUGUUUGUCUACCUCAUAGAUAGAGGGGAAUGGCGAGAGGUUACUAGCCCCAACAGUCCGCUACCUCGAAGUGGUCAUGCUUGGUGCCGUGGAGGGAACACUGGGGGUGUAUAUCUAUUUGGAGGCGAAUUUUCGUCCCCCAAACAGGGCACAUUCUACCAUUACAACGAUUUUUGGCAUCUUGACCCUUCAACUCGAGAGUGGACACGUAUUGAGACUAAAGGGAAAGGACCCCCUGCUAGGAGUGGCCACCGAAUGACAUAUUUCAAGAACUACAUUAUCCUAUUCGGUGGAUUCCAAGAUACGUCACAGCAAACAAAGUAUCUUCAAGACCUAUGGGUUUACGACUGCUCCAGGUACACGUGGUACAAUCCUGUUCUAUCAACUGCAUCCCAGAAGCCAGAUCCGCGGUCUUCUUUCUCCUUCCUCCCCCAUGAAUCUGGAGCAGUCCUUUAUGGCGGGUACUCUCGUGUUAAAGUUAGCACAGCCGUGGGGAACAGGCCCACGAAGAGCGGACCUCAGCGUAUGACAAUGAAGCCCAUGGUUCACCAGGAUACCUGGUUCCUUCGAAUUACACCCCCUGCCCCAGAUGCUUCCUCAUCAACACCGCCGACAAUCCGCUGGGAACGCCGCAAGAAACCUGCAAAUUCGCCCAAUCCACCUAGGGCUGGUGCAACCAUGGCAUACCACAAAGGCCGAGGUAUUCUGUUUGGUGGUGUCCAUGAUGUCGAACUGAGCGAAGAGGGCAUAGACAGCGAAUUCUUCAACACACUCUUCGCAUGGAACACCGACAGAAACCGCUUUUUCCCUCUGACCCUUCGGCGUCCUAAAGCAACGGGUAAAAGCCAGCAAGGAAACCAGGCUAAGUCGCGGAAUCGAGCCAAAGCAGAUGAGGAGGAGCUUUUGCAGAACCUCAAAGCACUAGAGGCUAAAGGAGGGGUGCGCGAUGGUGAUUAUGACGACGAGGAAAUCCUACGGAAUAGUCCUAAAGUGGAUGAAGAACCCGCCGAACCAGAAAAGCCCGCGGUGGUUCGAUUCGAAAUGCCUCAUAUGCGGUUUAACGCUCAGCUGGCUGUUCAAGAAGAUACGCUUUUCAUAUUCAGUGGUACAUUUGAGAAGGGAGACCGCGAAUUCACAUUUAACGACAUGUAUUCCAUCGACCUGGUUAAAAUGGAUGGAGCCAAGGAGAUUUUCUACAACGAACCCAACAACUGGCAUCUACUUAACGAGGAAGAAAGCGACGAUGAAAUGGAAGAGGAUGAUGAAGAAGAAGACGAAGGCGAAGACGAGGAGGAUGCGAUGUCCCUUGAUACUGGUUCACCCGCCCCAACUGAAGCCACCGAGAUGACGGUGCCCUCGGUGACCCGCGAAAUGGAACAGCUAGAAGUCGAGGAACAAGGAUCAGAACCAUCUGUUCAAGACAGCAGACCGCUGCCGCGUCCAUUUGAGAGCUUGCGCGAGUUCUUCAGCCGUACGUCUGAAGAAUGGCAGGGGAUAUUACUUGACACGCUGAGAGAGAAAGGGAAAGCGAUUGAAAAGAGCAUCAAGGAACUCCGUAAAGAUGCCUUCAACAUGGCGGAAGAGAAAUGGUGGGAUAGCAGAGAAGAGGUUAUGGCCUUAGAAGAUGAGCAGGAAGCAGCAGGUAUUGGCGAGGUUGUUAGCAUUGCUGAUCGAGGCGAAAAUGCUGGCGGUGCUGGGCGGCGGAGGUGA